AUGAAGAUCAUUUUUAUCUCAUCAUCAGUUUACACUUUGUAUUUAAUGAAAAAGAAAUUUCGAGCCACCUAUGAUCCAAACACUGAUACAUUUAGAAUAGAAUAUUUAUUGGCUUUAUGUCUAUUUUUGGGAUUAAUGUUUAAUUAUAAAUUUACUGUUAUGGAAGCCGUAGCAAUUUUACCUCAAUUGUUUAUGUUAUCAAGAACGGGAGAAGCGGAAACGAUCACGACACAUUAUUUAUUUGCGUUGGGAGCUUACCGAGGAAUUUAUUUAUUAAAUUGGGUUUGGAGAUAUAAUAUGGAAGGUUAUGUUGAUUGGAUUGUUUGGAUUGCGGGAGCGAGUGUUGCAUGGAGAAAAAUUCAUACUUCCAAAAUGGGUAGACCAAACGGGAAAAAAGUUUCAACAACUAAAGUAUCUAAAGUUGCUAAAAGUAAAAACAAUGAUAUAAAAGAAAAUACAGAAAAGGACACUUCGGAAUCUGAUUCCGAGAUUAAAGUUCUUAGACGUAGACCUAAACGUAUAAUGGUUUCAGAAUCCGAGGAUUCUGAGAAUGAAGUUGUUCUUACUCCAAAAGCAACAAAAUCUUCGGGAUCUAAUAACAAAACAAAUGUACAAAAUUCAUUAAUUAAAGACGAGAAGUUGGAAAGUAAACUUGUAAAAAGAAUGCGAAUAGAUUCUGAAUCUGAAGGGAAUGAUAAGAACAUUGAACCCAAAAAUGAUUCAAAGAAAUUAAAUAAUAAAAAGGCAACAAUUAAAAAGGAGGAACCGAAUUCCACUAAUAAGAAAGUUUCUGCUACGUCAACUACUACUAUUACCACUAAGGCAAAAACUAUUAAGCAAGAAGCAAAAACUAUUAAGCAAGAAGAAAAAACUUUUAAACAAGAAGAAAAAACUGUUAAGCAAGAAGCGAAAACUGUGAAACAAGAACGAAAACGCAAUGAUUCUGAUUCUGAUUCAGAAUAUAGAAAGCUCGCAUCAAAAUCUCGAAAUCGAACAAGUGGCACAAAAUCACGACCGGAAAGAAAAAAGAAAAAAGAGGAUAACCAAGCGGAUGUUGAAAUAUCCGAAAAGAAAAGAGGUAAACAAAAGGAAACUAAGGAAGCUUCUGAUGCGGAAGUUGAACAGGAUAGUGAAGACGAAGACGAUGAAUUUAAAUGGUGGCAACAAAAUGCCGAUAAUGACGGUACAGUAAAAUGGAAUACGUUAGAACAUAAUGGAGUAUAUUUCCCUCCACCAUAUGAGCCACAUAAUGUAAGGAUGAAAUACGACGGUAAAGAAGUUACUUUAACCCCAGAAGCCGAGGAAGUAGCAAGCUUUUAUGCUGCUAUGCUCGGAACAGAUUACAAUCCUCCAAUUAAAGAUUUCAAAAAAUGUGACUUUUCUCCCAUAUACGAAUUUUUUGAAAAAGAAAAGGAACGAAAAAAGAAUUUGUCGAAGGAGGAAAAGGCUGCGAUAAAAGAAGAAAAAAAAAAACUUGAAGAAAAAUAUGGUUUUUGUGUUUUAGAUGGUCGUCGUGAAAAAGUUGGAAAUUUCAGGAUUGAACCGCCUGGUCUAUUUAGAGGUCGAGGUGCUCAUCCAAAAUGCGGUAAAUUGAAGCAAAGGGUUUUACCAGAACAAGUAACUAUUAAUGUUGGUAAAAAUACACCCGUCCCACCACCACCACCAGGACAUAAAUGGAAAGAAGUUAUUCAUGAAAACACGGUCACAUGGUUAGCUACAUGGAAAGAAAAUGUAAAUGAUAAUAUCAAAUAUGUGUUCUUGGCUGCCAAUAGUUCAUUGAAAGGUCAAAGUGACUUAAAAAAAUUCGAUAAAGCUCGUGAAUUAAAGAAACAUAUUGAAAAAAUUCGAAAUGAUUAUAAAAAAGAACUUAAAGACAAACUUAUGGCCACACGUCAGAUGGCCACAGUAAUUUACCUUAUAGAUAGAUUAGCACUUCGAGCUGGUAACGAGAAAAAUACCAAAGAUGAAGCGGAUACUGUAGGUUGCUGCUCGCUUCGGGUAGAACACGUUACUCUUAAACCACCUAAUACAGUCGAAUUUGAUUUCUUGGGUAAAGACUCUAUUAGAUAUGUCAAUACAGUCGAAGUUGAAGAACAAGUCUUCAAAAAUCUUAGGAUUUUUAUUAAAGGAAAAGAUCCCAAGAAAGAUAUGUUAUUUGAUAGAGUAAAUACACAAGAUUUAAAUAGACGUUUAUCUGGCUAUAUGAAAGGGUUAACGGCUAAAGUUUUCCGUACGUAUAAUGCAUCGUACACUUUUCAGACAGAGCUCAAAAAACUUACAGACAAGAAUGCGACAGUGGCAGAAAAGAUUUUGUCUUAUAACCGUGCAAACCGUAUGGUUGCUAUUUUGUGUAACCAUCAAAGAUCUGUAAGCAAAGCACACAGUAAUCAAAUGAACAAGAUUCAAGAUAAAAAAUACUCGGAUCUCGAAUCAGAUUUAGAGGAAGAUUGGAUUAUAGAGCACGAAAAACAGUUAAUGGAAAAAGAACGGGAAAGAAUUCAUUUACAACAAAUGUUAGCAGAUGUUGAUGAAAAAGAAAAGGAAUUAAUCCAUGAACGUAAAAUUGCUAAAAUUCAACCUAAAAAAGGUCAAACAAUUGAAAAGUUAGAGGCACAAAUAGAGAAACUAGAUGCUCGUAUUAAAGAAACAAAACUUAUGAUGGUUGAUAAAGAUGAAAAUAAAACUACUGCAUUGGGUACCUCUAAAAUUAAUUAUAUAGAUCCACGUAUUUCGGCUGCUUGGUGUUUAAAAUACAAUGUACCAACAGAGAAAAUUUUUAAUAAAAGUUUACGCGAUAAAUUUAAGUGGGCUUUUGAUGUUGUUAAUAAAGAAUGGGAAUUCUAA